AUGAAAACCAAAACAACCGAGCUCAAUCAGAUUCUUGGACACUAUAAAAUUUUGAAACCUGAUGUUCAGCUGAUUUUAGAUGAUGAAAAAUAUUUUUCAUUGAAUGGAGAUAUAUCUUGUAAUCGUAACUAUUACACUACUGAUCGAUUAACAGCACCACCGGAAGUGAAAUUCAAAACAAAAAUGAAAUUUGAACCCAAGCUACUUGUUUGGAUGGCAGUCUCUCAGAAAGGCAUUUCGUCGAUUUAUGUUCAUCGUUCAACAAUUUCUAUCAAGCAAGAGACUUAUUUACAUGAUUGUAUACGCAAACGUUUACUUCCAUUCAUCAAUCGUCAUCACAAGAAUGACAAUAUUUUAUUUUGGCCAGAUCUUGCUUCAUCGCAUUAUUCAAAACAAGUUCAACAAUUUCUCCAGGCAAACCAGAUCAAAUUGGUACAACGUCAAGAAAAUCCUCCAAAUGUUUUCCAAGCGCGUCCAAUCGAAACAAUCUGGUCACUACUAGAGCAGAAAGUCUAUGAAGGUGCUUGA